AUGGCUGAGGAGAGAGUGAGAAGCGCGCGUGUGAGGUGGGGGGUGAGGAGCAGGAGCAAGGCCCGGGCGACCAAGGGACUUGAGGCAGCGGAGGAGGAGGAGGAGGAGGAGGAGGAGGAGGAGGAGGAGGAGGAGGAGGAGGAGGAGGAGGAGGAGGAGGAGGAGGAGGAGGAGGAGGAGGAGGAGGAGGAGGAGGAGGAGGAGGAGGAGGAGGAGGAGGAGGAGGAGGAGGAGGGAAGUUUGAGUGCGUACUGGAUUUGCUGA